AUGGCCCCCACAUCUACUCUCAUGUUGCUUUCCGCAGUGCAUUCAACCUCUGUCCUCUCAGGGCCUUUCGUCACUCCUUCGACCAUUUCGCCCACCGGCACGACUGUCCUUACCUAUGAUCUUUGGAAAGGUGGCCUCGUGUGUUUCGCAGUCGCUAUCGUUUCCGUGGUGGGAUAUUUCUACCGUCGUCGUCGCAAAGACACUAUUUCCCAGUCCAAGCUGCCCGGCCUUGUACCACCAGUCAUUCUGCCCCGCAAUGGUUCAGUACUAUUCUCGCCGUCCGACACGCCAUACGAUACAUUUCUGGCCUGCGAUCGUUCAGCAGUCCAGUUGGGAAGUAAUCAACUAGUCAAGCAUGUUGCCUCCACAUGCAACGUUGACGUGAUUCCCAUGGUCCAAACUGGUACUGCGAUAACUAGCCAAACGACUGAUGAUCAACUGCGUGUUGACCAGUAUGGGGAGGUGGACGUUACGGAGGCAGACUACGAUUGUGGACUUCAGAUUUCAGUCCCUACUAUCGCUAUAACUGUCGCCGACGAGGAUUUUGUCAGUCCCUUGUCUUUCCAGCGUGCUUUAGGUCUGUUCGAAAAGAAAGAGGACGAACCCCAGCAUGAGGAAUCCGAUGACGAUAUCUCCAUUUACUCUUCAGAAUCCGCAGAGGCCACUCUUCAUGAUUCCCUACUGUCAGAGACUGCCGAACCACACGUAGACGUCCCAGAAAUCACUUGCGAGCAUUACAUGACUGUCGUUGCAUGCGAGUGGCCUCCCCGAUCCUACAACUUCGACAUUUCAGUCGUCGGUACAACACUUCGGGGUGGUGCCUUCCUUACUCUACCAGGUCCUCUACCCUCUCCUUCGACCCUUCCCACUGGACCACGUUCCCCUAAUGACCGUCGACAUGGUCUGGUCGAAAUGUCUGACUUGGCUAGUGCACUCGCGAUUAAGCUCAAUUAUCCUCCCUCGGAUAUCGUUCUUCAGGCAUUCGACAUGUCUCCUAUUGCGCCCAUUGCGCGUCGCCAUGGCCAAGUGGAUUUCAGCAAAUUCGCGGAUGCUCUCAACGUGGAAAGUGGCAUCCCUCCGCGAUGCUACCGUUCUCUUGCUGAAACGCAUCUCUUCGGUGAAGAGCAGGAGGACUAUCAAGAUAUCAACUCCCGCCUGAUGGACGAUCUUCUGCAGUCUAUCGAUGAGGAAGUCGAAUUUUACAAUAGCUUCAGUUGUGACGAGGGGUGUGACGACAUCUCUGACGACACUUGUUCAGCGAGGAAACAUACUUCUCCAACAUGGGACUACUUAGACUUCCUCGAGGACGAGACUCAUUCUUUCCCCCUCCAAGAGGAUGCUGACUUGCAUCUGGAGCUAAAUAGCUACAACGAGCAACUUUCUCCGACGCCUGACUAUCCAGGUUCCUUAACCGACGAAAAGGACAUCCUUCAAGGUUUUUUCGAGGGCCGCACGCUAAACUCCAUUUCCAAAAAGGGUGAGUACGGUACCGACCACGAGCUCACAUCGGACCUUCAGCAGCUCUCCAUGGACGAAUCGGAAACAUCCCUAAACCAUGUCUCUGGUGGUACCUCAGAGUCUGCGAUCCUCGACCUUAUCCGACUUCUUGACAAACAGACUGAUUGCCAACAGCCUGUCCGCGAUUCAAUCUUGGAAGUCAACAGCGAUGGCUUCGACCUCCUUCGGUUUGUCAAUGAGGACUUGCGACUUUCCGCAGAUGACAAGCAUCCAAUUGUCAACUUUGACCGUGACGACGAUUGCGACGACGAGAAUUACCCUAGGUUUCUUGCGACCCCGUCCGACUCAAAGUCCUCAUUGUCGGAAACUGAAGAUGGGUCUGUUGACGAUUACGGCUCGACACCCUCCCUGGCGUCAGUCUCGGAUAUAGACUCAGAUAAUGAUGAAGUCAUCAUCGCUCCGAUAACAGGUCGUAUUAGCCCCCUUUUCCCUGGUUCUAAUCACCGUCGCUCGCCCGCCGGGUGCUUCUUUAUCACCCUCGCCACCCCAAUUCAAUCCAGCUACCUGAUUGACGCACACUCGUGUAUCGAUAUCAUUAAUGGUGAGCCACGAACGCAGAGUUUCACUGAAGGUUGUGUUCCGUUCACGGACGAACAAUAUUGGUCUGGGAUCCCGACUAAUGUCAAUCUCGCGUCUAAGGAAUUCUCGCAGCUCGACCUCGAUAUUCGAUUCGGUGACGAUGCCAUGACACCUUAG